AUGACCCGCUCCGUGAACUUCCCUCUCCUCGGCCUCGCCGCCGCACUCCUCCUCUCACCUCUCCUCGCCGUCUCUGGUAAACUCGCCGACGACCUCAAGCCAAACCGCCAGGAGGUUUACGGCGGAGGGAAGAUAUUCGACAUCAGCCACCGUUACACGCCGGAGAUGCCGGCGUGGGAGUCUAAGGAGGGACUUUCGAACCACCUGAGACUGAUCGCGAGUAUGAAGAACGGAUCGUUCGCUAACGUGUCGGAGAUGAAACUGUCUGUUCACUCGGGAACACACGUGGAUGCUCCAGGCCACUUCAUUGACGAGUAUUACGACGCUGGUUUCGAUUGCGAUUCGCUUGACCUCCAAACUCUAAACGGUCCUGCUUUGUUGGUUGAUGUUCCGAGAGACAAGAACAUAACUGCUGAGGUAAUGGAAUCACUUCAUAUUCCAAGGGGAGUUCGUCGUGUGCUCUUCAGAACAUCCAACACUGACAAGCGGCUUAUGUUUAAGAAAGAGUUCGAUUCAAGCUUUUCUGGAUUCAUGACUGAUGGGGCCAAGUGGUUGGUUGAGAACACGGACAUCAAACUUGUUGGGCUUGAUUAUCUUUCCUUUGCUGCUUUUGACGAGUCACCGGCAACUCACAAGGUUAUACUUAGAGGAAGGGAUAUAAUCCCUGUCGAAGCUCUGAAGCUGGAUGGUGUUGAGGCAGGAAUGUACUCGCUUCAUUGCUUACCGCUGAGAUUGGUUGGAGCAGAAGGGGCACCAACCAGGUGCAUUCUCAUCAAGUGAUUCAGUUCUUCCGUCUUCUUUUUAAGUUGGUCAGCCAACUGAUCAUAAAUAAUAUGUUUAUUACUUCCAAGAUCCCACAAUCAUAAAGCAGGUAUCAUAGAUGAGAUGAUUCCAGUUGUAAAAGUAAACAAUACCUUUAUAGACGUAUGUGUAUGUUUGUAUGUGUAAUUCUGAAAGAUAUUGAUAAUAAAGUUAAGACUGAAACAAUGUUGUAAAACA